AUGGAAUCAGAAGAACUAAGCGCACUUCGUACCGAACUUCUUCGGCAAAAGGUAGUCUUUGCCGCAGAGCUGCGUCGCCAGCGAGAGGAGUUCGAGGAACGUUUGGAUGGCAUCAGCCAAGCACUAGCGGAGCGCGACGCGGACUGCCGUAAUUUGCAGACAGUCGUGACGAUUCUAGGCAAAAAAAUGGACCUAUUCUCCAAGCAGCUGCAUGAGCAUAAGACCCGCGCGACGCCUCUACGGAGGUCGGUUUCUAAUCGUAGGGCGUCACUGAACCACUUCGUGGAGAGCGCCGCCACAAGCGUUGGUCUAACUCACGGCGACGGCGGCAGGAGUGCGAAAAAAAGUGGAAGCGAACUCGUUUCGACCCCGGAGGAGGAGCCGCGCCGGUCGCAUGCACUUCUCGGCAAUCCCUCUAACAACAACCCACCCGAUUCGUUGAGGCUGAAUCUGAUCUCCUCCCUAAAGUCCCUAAGCCGCACGAGCAGCCCAUUUAACGAGUUCCACUCGCGUGAGGAUAGCGGAGCUGCGAUCGUAAGUGCCCGUGGGGUGAAUCAACGCCGCCCGUUUACGGUAACGCCCACUAAAACAUCCCCCGCGCGAGCCGAAACCACACGACAGGCAGAUAAAAGGUACUUGUUAGGGAGCGAAUCGCAACGCAAUACAACCCGUUCCUGCACUCGCCGAAAGGUUGGCCCGUUUGGUCUGGGGAGUUCGAAGGGGAGCACCAAGUCGUAG